AUGAAUAAUUUUUGGAAAUCAAAAUUUGAAUAUUUUCCGGAUGAAAUUAUUCUUGAAAUAUAUCGAUAUCUUCAUUGUGGUCAUGUACUUUAUUCAUUUUAUAAUAUUAAUUCACGUAUUAAUAAUACAAUAACUGAUUAUUGUCAUCAUGUUAUACUUCGUCGAUUAGAUUAUAAACAAUUUCUUUAUAUUUAUUUGAAUGUUUUACCAAAAAUUGGUGCAUAUAUUAUUUCAUUAACAGUAAAUCGAUUACAACAAACAUAUUUUUUAGAAAAUUUCAGUUUUCAUAUGAAUAAUAUAUUUCCUAAUUUACAAAAAUUAGCAUUAGAUGAUUGGAAAAAUGAAGAAUUAUUUUCAUUUCUUGAAAAUCAUUUAAAUCAACUUAAAUAUCUUCGUACAAUUGUUAUUCGUGGUUUACGACAAGUAAAUCAUAAAAAUUCAAUUACGCAUUCAAGUGAAGAUCCAAAACAUUUAUUAGAAAUAACUCAUAAAAAUACUCAAAUUGAAUAUAUUUAUUUUGAACCUGAUUGUUAUUCAAUGACAUUAUUACUUAAUGAAAACAAUAUUAUAACUCAUUCAAAUCUUAUAGAAAUGAGUAUAUCAUUAUCAACAUCUAAGGAUUUAGUUUCUCUUGCAAUUCUUAUUCCAAAUAUUCGUCGACUUCAUGUUAUUAUUGAAGAAUUAUGCGGAAUUGCUAAAGAUAUAAUACCAUUUCAAUGUCUUACUCAUUUUUCUCUUGAUGCUUUAGAUUCUUAUUCAACAUUUGAUAAUAUUUCAUCAAUACUUCAACUUACACCAACUAUUGAACAACUUUCACUGGCUCUUACUACUAGAGAUGAACGUCUUGUCUAUGGUCAACAUUUAUUUACACUUUUAUCUUCUCAAUUAUUUAAUAACAAUAAUCUCAUACAAACAUUGAAAUAUGCUAUAUAUUUUUCUACAUAUGCUGAUUAUCAUAUUGAUUCAAAAAAUCUUUCAAAAUCAUGGAAUCCAAUUUCUAUUGCUUAUACAAUUAAUAAAGAUGAAAAGAAAUCUUAUAUACUUAUUCAUACAUUACCAUAUCCAUCUAUUCUUCUUAAUUUACAUUCAAUAUUACCUAAUAAAUUUGGUAUUAGUCUAGGUGAUCAAGUUUAUAAUAAUAUUCAAUAUUUAUGUAUAUGUAAUGCAAAAACUUUACUUGAAACAUUUACAAUUAUACAACAUUGUCGAAAAAUACAAGAUUUAAAUAUUCAAAUAGAUAGAAAUAAAACAAAUUUACCAGAUUCAAUUAAAUGUGAUGAUUUUUUAAAAUUUUUAUUAGAUUUUUUUAAGACAAAUACACAAACAAUUAUUAAUCUUCCAAAAUUAAAACAACUUGAGAUAAUAUCUAUAUGUGGAAUAGUAGAUAAUUGGCAACAUUUUAAAACAUUACUUAUUGCUGCUCAUAAUAUUAGUACAUUAUGUAUUGAUAUUGAUUGUAUUAUUAAAUUAUUCGAAAAUACUGAUGAAGAUUUAAUAUUCCCACGUGUUCUUCAUUUAUUUAUUGAUGGAAACAAUAAUGAUAUUAAACUUAAAAAUGAACAUAUUCAUAGUUUAUCAAAAAUUUUUAGUGAUAUACAUUCAUUGAAAAUUAAAUAUAAAACAGACAGUUUAAUUGAAACAAAUAUUAUCGGUUCAAUUUUAGAUAGUUGUAAACAACUUAUUGUAUUUACAAUAAAUGGACAAAUAUCAAAUGAUAUUUCAUUAGAAUAUAUUCAAAAAUGGCUUAUUAAAUAUACAUCUCGAUUAAAAAAUUCCGACAAAAAUUAUCAAGUUGGCUUUUGUGAUAAUUGGUUUCAAAUUUGGCUGUGA